GAUGACCAGAGACUGCGGACACAGUACAGGGGAUGACCAGAGACUGCGGACACAGUACAGGGAUGACCAGAGACUGCGGACACAGUACAGGGAUGACCAGAGACUGCGGACACAGUACAGGAGAUGACCAGAGACUGCGGACACAGUACAGGGAUGACCAGAGACUGCGGACACAGUACAGGAGAUGACCAGAGACUGCGGACAGUACAAGGAUGACCAGAGACUGCGGACAGUACAGGAGAUGACCAGAGACUGCGGACAGUACAGGAGAUGACCAGAGACUGCAGACACAGUACAGGGAUGACCAGAGACUGCGGACAG